CAGGUGAAUUGAACACACCAUAUAAGUGGUAACAAGGUGAAUGGAAUUUAGAGUUAGGUUUUAAAUGUAUAAUUUGACGUUUGUCUUGAAAGCUUGAUCAAAUGCAUUCUCAUUCUCUUCCUUCAAAAAUGAACAUAGUGGUCCCACAAUUUUUCUCUCUUAUCGCUCCUCGAAUGAUUUUGAUGACUAGUGUAUCCCAUACAUGAAAAGCGGUAAUUUGAUGCAUGUUUUCACGGUCAUAUAAAAACAUUAUAAUAUGUUUUAAAUUCUUAAAAGUUUCUCCGUUUAACAUAGCCUACAGACACAAAGUUUCUCACUCAUUUUUUUUUAAUUAAUGUUAAUGUUCAAGUUGUUACUCCGCGUGAUUCUAUUUCUUUUUAUUUUAUUUAUUUUUUAUUUAUAGGAAAUUCUAUUUUUCAUUUACCCUCCUAUAUUCCCUUAAUUAUUUGCUAUCGGUAUAAUGUAUUAAUGUUGCAAUUAUUUUGAAAUAAGCCAACGAAGUUUUUUAAAAGAAACUUUUUUGAGAUUGAGUGAUGAUUUUGUCGGGGCUUGACCUGUGUUUGACAAACAUGUUUUUUGUCAAGCAUAGGCAUACUCUUUUCACCUUUUUUUUAUUAUUGUUUUUAAUUUUUAUUUAAUCAGGUAUAUCAUGCGCAACUGCACGUAUUAGGCGUUAUAUUUUGGCACAGCCGUUGUUGGGGCUAAUGGGCUAUUACAAAUUCAUAAUUUUUCCACCCUUUCCCAAAUUGGAAAUAAUCCGCGUACUAUUCAUGGCGCUAAGAGUCUUACAACGCUGCCGGAAAAACAUAGCUUACCUGAACCAAUUCUUUCCGUCUAAAUUUGCACAAACUAUCAAAUUCAUACACACCGAAACUUUAGUAAGCCAUCUUAAGAACUGCUCUAAUUUUCCAGCUCUACAAUCCCUUCAAGCCUCCAUGAUCAAAUCAGAUAAUAUUGGAGAUUGUUAUGUAAUGACCCAAUUUAUCAGCGUUUGUUCUUCCCUUAAUCAGAUAGAUUAUGCAAAAUUAGCUGUUACCCAGAUGAAAUUUCCUAAUGUUUUUGUGUAUAAUUCAUUGAUUAGAGGUGUAAUUGAUUGGGGAAGACCAAUUCAAGCUUUGAAAUUAUACAAGAAAAUGUUGAGAACUUCAAUUUACCCAACUAGUUAUACUUUAUCGCCAUUAAUUAAGGCUUGUGGUCAAGUGUUUGAUUUGAAAACUGGGGAAUGUGUUCAUUGUCAUGCUUGGAAAAUGGGGUUUGAAGCUCAUGUGUUUGUGUUGACUGCAUUGGUUGUUUUUUAUGGGAAACUUGGUAAGCUUGUUGAAGCACGGAAGGUGUUCGAUGAAAUGCCUGACAGAGAUACUUUUGCGUGGAGUACUAUUGUAUCGGUUCAUGCUCGGGGUGGAGAUAUGGCUUCUGCGACUAACUUGUUUAAUGGGAUGCCUCGGAGGAAUGCUACUGCCUGGAAUACUAUGAUUGAUGGGUACGCGAGGCUAGGGAGUGUUCAGGCUGCGGAGUUGUUGUUUGAUCAGAUGUCUGAAAAGGAUUUGGUUUCGUGGACUACUAUGAUCGCGUGUUAUACUCAGAACAAAGAAUACAAAAAGGCGUUGGCUGCCUAUGAUGAGAUGCUGAAGAAUGGGAUCUGCCCUGAUAAGAGGACAUUAGCAACAGUAGUUUCAUGCUGUGCACAUCUAGGAGCUCUUGAUUUAGGGAGGAAGAUUCAUUUCUAUAUUGUACGAGAGGGGUUUUUACUCGAUGUUUAUGUUGGGUCUGCGUUGGUAGACAUGUAUGCCAAGUGUGGGAAAUUAGAAAGAGCACUUGUCGUCUUUUUAAACUUAAGGGAGAAAAAUCUCUAUUGUUGGAAUUCAAUCAUUGAAGGGCUUGCUGCUCAUGGGGAUGGAAAAUCAGCGAUUGCAAUGUUUGAUAAAAUGGUAGAGGAGAAUGUUAAGCCUAAUGGGGUAACUUUUAUUAGUCUUCUUAGUGCAUGCACUCAUGCAGGGCUAGUCGAAGAAGGCCGUAAGAUAUUCCAAAGCAUGAUUAAUGAUUUUCAAAUUUGUCCAGAGUUAAAGCAUUAUGGAUGCAUGGUUGAUCUACUAUGCAAAGCUAAGUUGCUUGAAGAUGCACUAGAACUGAUUGGAAGUAUGAAAAUUGAACCAAAUUCAGUUAUCUGGGGUGCCCUAUUAAGUGGUUCUAAGCUAUGUCAGAACUUAGAUAUCGCUGAACUAGCAGUCAGUAAGCUAAUGGAUUUGGAGCCUGAUAAUUGUGGUUACUAUAGCCUGCUACUUAGCAUGUAUUCUGAAGCAAGAAGAUGGGAAGAGGUUAAAAAAAUUAGGGCUUUGAUGAGGGAACAAGGUAUAGAGAAAUGUUUUCCUGGAUCUAGUUGGAUUGAAUUGGAAAAUGAAUUGCAUCAGUUCGUUGCUGCUGAUACAUCUCAUCCUGCAUCCAGUGAAAUAUGUAUUUUGCUGGAUGAUUUGUAUGGACAGCUGAAGCCUGCAUGUGCAUCUUUCUGAACAUAACCGAGUAUUUGAUCAAAUUUGCAUACAUUUCAUUGCAAAAACAUCUUCUAGUGAGGAUCACUUGCCAGUGUUAGUUGCCACCCCCUAAUUAGAUAAAUACAGUUUGAGUAAACCUUUCUUGGGUUAACCUCAAUUUUGUGUUUUCAUAAAGCAGGUGAUGGAAUAAACAAAACUCAAUAAGAGUUGUAGAACACUCAGCGAGAGUAAGCUCCUUGUACACAGCUGAUUUUGGGUCUGCAUGAAGGAGUAGGUGAAAAUAUAAAAUUAACUUAUCAGAAAUCUAAUGCAGAAUGGUUUGGCAUCUAUCUUCUAAAUUCUUGUGUGCAAGCUCGGUGAUUUUUCGUUAAUGACUAAAUUUACAACAAAGAGGGAGAUGGUCGUCUGGUAUAUAUAUAUAUAUAUUUUUUUUUUUACAAAAAAAACCAACUCCUAAAGAUUGCAGUCUGCGGAUUCAGAGAGCAGGAGAGGCCUGGUGUACUUACCAGCGACUGUGAUUUGUCCUCAGAUUUGAGUUUGAUAGCUAAGUAGGCUGGAAAAAAGGAAGAUGGACAAACCAAAACCUAAGGAAAGUGCAAACUACGCCACCCAUGCUCAACGUUGCUAACUUUAUCUAAAAGUUGGAAAAGCAGGAGUCCUGCAGAGAUGGGUUGAUUGCCUGGUGGAUGAAGGCAGCUUGGGCCUUGGGAGGACUGUAAAUCUUUAACUCUUGCUCCAAUCUAUUUAAGCCUUUAAGGUGCAAAAGAUUUCAAACAUAUGUGCUGCUCAUUGUUCGUUAUUAACCUAAACUUUUGCAAUAUGUUGCUCUUUAAUCUCUGCUCAUUUACAUUAGUAGUAGUUGUAAGACCAACUAAUGCAUAAACUUUGUUACUUGGAUCCCAAUUUUCUUCCCAAAAGCAAACUCAAGCUGAUGGUUUUGUUUGUGUAGAGUAGAGGUGUGGUGCUGUAGACGGUGGCUUGACUACCAGUAACUCAGUAAGUGGUUGUGGAGCAUUCGUUGGCUUGUGGUGCUUCAUAGUUGCAGUUGUGUAGGCUACUAAAAGAUGAAAUGAGCAAGGACAUAUUAAGUGGAGGUUGCUACAUCUUUGUAUGUUUAGAUAUUGGGUGGCAACCGUGAAGUUGAAAUCUAAUUAUCUAACUCACUUAUUAUACGAA